UGAGGCACACACCCCUGGAAGACGUUUUUUCCCCUCAAAAUUCUAUCUUUAUAGUUUUAUAAUUUAAAAAGAAAAGCUUAGAUAAGUGGUAAAAAUACUAGCCAUUGUUUCUAACAAGGGAAGAGGAGUGUCCUCCCGUCUGCUCAUCCAGAACUCCUGUCUGGCCUCUCACAAAAACCUGUUUUUAAACAAUUGGAUGAAAAUACUCCAAAUGGCAUCAUUGGGCAGUGUGAUUAUGAUUCUUUUCUGCUACAGAACAACUCCCUUGGUACAACCCAAAAGACCAGUGUUUACUUUUCAUUGAAAGAACUUGAAAAGGAGUCUAAAAAGAAGCCACUGGGAAGGUGAGUAAAAACCAAGAGUGUGUGAUUCUGGAAGCCAAUUGAGAACAGAGCCCACUUGGUAUACCAGCAGAUGAAGAACUUAAGGAGUGUGUCUAACCUUAUUCACCUUAGCAACUGAGAGUCUGCUCUGUGACCAUUAGGCACCAUGGGAAAGAGAGAUAACCGGGUAGCCUAUAUGAAUCCUAUAGCAAUGGCCAGAUGGAGGGGCCCAUCUCAACCUGUAGGCCCAACAAUACAAGAUUAUCUGAAUCGACCAAGGCCCACCUGGGAAGAAGUGAAGAAAAAAAUAGAAAGUAAAAAGAAAGGUUCCAAAGCAUUGGCAGAAUUUGAAGAAAAAAUGAAUGAGAAUUGGAAGAAAGAGCUAGAGCAAAGCAGGGAGAAAGCAUUAAGUGGAAAUGAGGGUCCGUCCAGAAAAAGAGAACGAAAGAAAAAGAAAAAGAAGAAAUCUUGUCAGUCUUCAUCUUCUUCAUCAAGUUCUGAUUCUUCGAGCAGUUCUUCAGAUUAUGAGGUUGAGAAAAAGAAACGAGGAAAAAAGAGAAAGAAAAAGAAGAAGCAUUCACACAAAUCAUCAGACAGCUCUACAUAUGAAUCUGAAUCAGAAAGCAAAGAGUAUAGAAAAAAGAAAAAGAAGUCAAGGGAUGAAACAGAGAAAGAAAAGUAUAUUAGAAGUGUCAGCAAAAAAAGAAAGAAGACUCACCCUGAGGAUAAACCUCUAUCAUCAGAGUCCUCAUCAGAAUCAGAUUACGAAGAGGAGAUCCAAGCAAAGAAGAAGAGAAGACAUGAAGAGCAAGAACAAACAAUGGAAAAAACAAAGAAGAAGAAAAAGAAACAUCACAAGAAACAUAGUAAGAAGAAGAAAAAGAAGUCCAGUUAAGUCACAAGUCAGGAUAACAUCAAGAUGAAAUAAAGCAAGAUUUCUCUAUUUAAAAAGCAAGGCCUAAAAGAAAAUCCAACUGUGAAUGUUUGGGCCCAUUUACCAAAAUGCAUGAAUUUCCCUGUGUUAAUAGAAUUAUUCUUGGACUUUGAAUUUUCAGUCAAAUGCCACUGUGUCAGAAAGGGCCAUAAUUGUUGCCUGUGACGUAUAUAUAGGAUUUUGUUUGUGUCUUUUUCCUUCCAGUGUUUACUCUGACACCUGAGAUGCUGUUGUCACACUAGUGGUUAAAAUGGUUGGAAUUAAAGUAAAAUGUUUUAGAUAAUAUUUAUGACAGAAAUAUAUCUAAUUUUAAAGUUAUCUAAUUUGGGUAUAUGUUAUCCAAAAGAUCCAGACAAAUAUAAUUGACAUUUUUGAAGCAUGGACUAAACAUUGAUGUCUCAAAAUCUUUAUUUUUGAAGAUAAGUUUAAUUUAUUUCAUUUUUCUCCUUAAAAAACUUUUGUUUACAUGGGGAAAGAGCUUGUGGGGGACUGGGGUGAGAGUUUGUUAUCACUUUGGCUAGCUGAAUAGUGUGCCUUUGAUCCUUACACAUUCUAUUUUUGCCAGUGCAGCAGCCAUUCUUUUCUUACUUAGUGAAAUUCUGGUAUGUUGUUGUAUGCUGCUUCAAGUGAACAAGAAAGACAACAACUUAACAGUAUAAGUAAGCCCCCAAUUCUAUGAAAUUUACCUCUAAUUCAACAGUACUGAAUAGAAUUUAGCAUUAGAAUGUUACAUGAUUUGCAUUAUCUUUGAUACCCAUUGGAGGGGAAUAAUUUUAAAUAGACCCUGGUAUUUUUUGAUUAAUAAAGAUUCUGAAAUAUUUUGCAUGUUUUAUACUAUUAAUUUUUGAUUAUCCACAGAUAUUCUAUAUAACCGGUACUCCUUUUUAUAUGAUUUAUGCUUAAAAUACAAGUUUCAAGUUUGUAAUUUCUUACUCUUACUAUAUUAAUUUCAUUACUGUGUUUAAUUUCACACUUGCGAAAAUAUUUAGCAUGUACAAAAGAAGGUUUUUAAAAAUUAUUUAAUGCCUUCAUAUUGAAGCUGGUUUACUGUAAGCAAGUUGAGUGCCAGACCUCUAGUAUAUUGUGUGUCUUGUUAUACAAAACUACUGCCAAAAUUUUAGUAAAUAUACUGUUUUUAAAGAUUGUUGUCUUAAGCAUUACUAGUGAAUUAAAAUAAGAGUUGAAUUUGGGAGAUAAUGAUAUCAUUGAUCUUCCUAUGUCAUAUUUUACUAAGAACCCGUGCCUCAUUUCUGUUGCUGAUUCUUGUUAACCACUAAUGCUGAAAUGAGUUGAAAAUUAUUUUUACUUUACAUUUUUAUAUAUCAGAAUAAUAUGAUUUAUAAAUUGGUGUUUCAAAAAAUACCUAUUACAGGAGAUGGGCCAAUUGUAAUGUCAUAUGUACAAAAUAUUUUGGCAUGAUGAGAGUCAAUAGCUAUUUUUUUUUAAUUGCCCAUUUCGCGUCGGGUCCCUUGAAUCACAAGCAAAACU